ACAGCAACGCCGUAGUGAAAUAUUCGUGUCUGCGCAUGCGUGACAAAACCUCCACUUCCAAGUUUUUUGACAGUGCCAUGACGACCGUUGUAACAUAUAACAAUAUGGUGUCAACUUUUUAUGAAGUUACCAUAAAGCCUUUUAACAAAUUUACUCUAACUUACUAAAGUUAAACUGAGUCAUUAUCAGGGAAGAGACGCCUAGGCUGAAAUGUUGUCGUCGGACUGCAAAGGUGUUGCGGUAGAAGGUGCCUGUGCUGCCGGUGGUGAUGAAAGGGAGCCGGGAGCACAGGAAUACAGUCCCCAGUACAGAGCAGCGGAGAGCGGUGAAGAAAAGCAACCACAGCCCGACAUUCAGCAGUGGUACGAUGGUUCCUGCUACGAGGGCGAGUUCGUGGACGGACUAAAACACGGUACAGGAAGGUACACCUGGAGCACUGGAGAGUACUAUGAAGGCUCUUUCUACAAAGACUACAGACACGGGGAUGGGGUGUACUGUUGGCCCACAGGUCAUAAGUUCACUGGCAAGUUCUACCUCAACAGAAAAGAAGGUUAUGGUAAACAAAUUUUCCCCGAUGGAGCCACAUUCCAGGGUUUGUACCACACUGGCCAAAGGUUUGGGCCAGGUGUGGUCACUUAUCCAGAUGGGCGCCAGGACGUGGGUCUGUGGGUCGGGCAGCAUGUUCUACAACUCUGCAGAGCUGAAGAAGAAGGCUUUACUCUGCAGGACUUUCCUGAAUAUGCUGCCUACAUGGAGCCAGCGGUCAUCUCUGACUCUCUGAUUCAGCCCGAAAUUCAACAAAUGAAAGCCCAGGCGACGGCUCUUGUAGACAAAGAACUGCUGUCUGAUGAGACAUUUAUUUACCCUGUUGGCAUUGAGAUGUACUCCACAAAUGGUGAUCACUUACCCCUGCCUCCUGGGCGAAGAAAAGAUUUAGAUCAACACUUUUAUGGCGAGCAGUUGGAGUCAGACGACUAUCUUCACCAAGGAUACGAACGAGACCCACUUUACAAACUUCCUUUAAUGGCUCGCAUGCAGGCUAACAUCUACAAACACAGAUGCCAGGCUAAGCACGUGGGCUGGGAUGUGGCAGCAGUUCUGUCCUUGAACAGGGAAAGUUUUGGUCCUAAGGGGCCUCUGGAAGUGGAGUCAGAGCAUCUGAUUUUUCACGCCUCCCGAGGAGACGCACACGAAGUUUCCGUGAUCCUCAAGUCUGGUUUGGUGGACCCUGAUGUAGCAGAUUCACAUGGUCACACUGCACUGAUUGCCGCCACUGUUAAUUGCCAUAAUGAUGUGAUCCAGCUUUUGUUGGACAUGGGAGCUGAUGUUGACAAACUGAACAGUGAGGGCAUGUCUGCUCUGGCCGUGUGUCAUGUCCUUUACUACCCUUUUUGCUCUCUGCAACCCAGCUUCACUCAAUCGCCCGAGAGAACUCGGGCUGUAACUUCAUCAUUUGGCAACAAUUCCCUGAACAGUCAACAGAGCUUCAGUAAAGACACACCUGAGCCUCACACCACUCCUCGGACCUUUAGCAGCUGUAGCCAACUCUCUGACCAAGAAGCUGAAAAACAGAUCCGGGAUAUCUUUCAACAUAGCAGCACAAAUUCAGAUGACAGUGAACUCACCACUGAGCGUUUCCCUGAUCUACAUGAGGAGACACUGGAACAGAGUGAGCUGCGGGAGAAUGUCGGAGGGAGCAAACAGGAGGAAAAGAUGGGGGCUGAAGGGCAAGAGUUGGAAGCAGAGUCUGUUAAAAGUGUGGAGGAGGUCACAUUGCAGCCCAAAAAGCAAAGCUUCAGCUCGGUCCGUUCUCUCUGCAGCUACACCAUCGAUGUGACACAACAAAUGAUGGAGCUUUCAGCAGAAGCUCUGAGUCGGACUGGCCGUCCUCAGCACUCAGACACAGAGGAGACUGUUCGCAAAAUGGCUGCAAUGAAAAUCCAGCACAAGAAUCGUCUGAAGACUCUGAAGCUGCUGUUGAAAUGGGGGGCCAACCCAAAUGUGUCCAGAAUUCCCAUGCCCGUCCUCUUUUUGGCAAUCAUGGCAGCUGACGCCAAGGCUGUUGAGAGACUCCUGUUACAUGGAGCUCGCACCGACAUUCCCCUCACACCUGAGAGAAAAGGCCUUUACCCUUUGCAUGUAGCUGCAGCUCUGCCAGGAUCUGCUGGUCACACCAUCACACAGCUGCUUUUGCAAGCUGUCUCUGACCCCAACGUACAAGCCUGUGAUCAGGACGAGGUGUACGAGCCAGAUAGGUCUACUCUAAAGGCCCAGAAACCUCUGAGGAGGGCCAAGCGACCACGGCUUAAAGAAGGUGGCAGAACACCACUGCACGUGGCCUGUCAGAGGGACAGAGACUUUGAGAAUGCUACUAAGGUGGUAGCUUACCUGCUGUCACAUGGAGCCAGUACAGAUCUCCUUUGGAGUGGACAUUCACCCCUCUCUCUGGCUAUCGCAAAUGGAAAUGAGCGGGCAGUGGAGGAACUGUUGAAAAGAGGUGCAGAUCCCAACAUCCCCCUGGGCCGUGCAGUGGGCAGCGCCCUUUGUGCUGUGGCCAACGUCAACUACAAUUUGGGUCUCAAAAGACAAAAAUUGCUGGAGAUGCUGGCUGAGGCCGGUGCAAACAUCCUGAUGCCAAUCAGGGUGGGUGAUGUGGUCGGAACCGCAGUCGACUACGCACAUAACUGCUUUAAUCAGGACCCGAGGAUUGCCAACACUCCCUUCCACACCCUGAGUGCAGAGGAGAGGGAAUCGUUUGUAAGACGGCGCCAGCUGUUGAGCCUGAUGGGAGAUCUUCUGAGACAGGCCGCUCACAAGAAGGAUAUGGAGGAAAGAGAAAAAGAAGAGGAGCUCAAACUCAAUGGAAUAUCAGAGGCCUCUGGGUUACCUGGACCAGAUGGGCCUCACACAAAAGAAGAACAGAGAGAACAAGCAUUUAAGUUCUGCUACCACUGUGGCCGCACAGCCUCUGUGAAGUUGACUGCUUGCACCCGCUGUAACAAGGUUUUCUACUGCUCCACUGACUGUAAACUCAGAGCAUGGGCAGAAAGACAUAAAGACGAGUGUAUUCGGGAGCCGAGUAGAGUCCAAGCAUCGGCAGAAAAUCAGAGAGAGGAGAGUGUCAUUGACUUAGAAUCUGAAAAUAGCAACCAGAAGAGAGUUAUGUUUAGAAUCCAAAAGGGGCUCAAGCUAAUAAACGCCAGGUAUAAAUUCAAAACAAUCAACGAUCCGGUGCUGACCAAACCAGAGUUUGUGAUGGACCUGGAAGAAAACUACAGCCGCAACUGAUGGAUUAUGACAUUUACCUUUAGGUCUGACAGUGUAUUUGUAGUCCUGGUCAUUUUUCUGGACCUUCUUGUGUGUGAAACGCAUCCACAGUAUUAUUAUUGUCGACCUCUUUUUGUUGACAGAGUACACCUGUUAUCAUAACUGGUGCAUUCUAUUGAUUCUAGUUUGUCAACAUUGCCAAAUCAUAUAAUCAAGUAAGAGUAUGUACUUCAUUUUUUCUGAAUCAGCCAGUUAGCACUUAGUUUUUCAAAAUUAAAAAUGUAGUUCAAUGAUAACCAAAAUAUAGCGACACUUUCCCAGCUUACCCCAUUUUGUGUUUAUUGUUCUACCCUCUUGUAACUCAGUGGUGCCAAGUUCACCUGUUAAAUAAUAGUGCCUAUCUAUCUAGUAUCUGAUAUGGUAUUGAUCUGAUCCUAAGUAAAUGGACACGAGUAUUGCCGAUACCGAUAUGUUUAUGAAUUAAAGUGAAUGCAUCACCAAUUUA